GCUUCCGGGUUAGUUUUAAAAAAAAAUCUCUGUAACGGGUAUGGAUUGAUAGGUUAGAAUUCUGUAGGUUAAUUGUAAAUAAUAUUUUAUUAGCUAAUGGAUGAAAUGUCUUCCCCGGUCCCAGCUGUAGUCUCUCUGUUACCGACAGAGGUAGCUGCUUCUACCUCUCCGAGUCCCAGCGCCACAAAAGGCCAAGCGCCCACUCCUGCGUCCCAGGCUCGGUGUAAGAAGCGGCCGCUCAGUCCUGCUACUAGUCUCGGCCCGACCUCAGCCAGCAACAGCAAGAAGAAGAAACUGUCUUUCACCUCUUCCGCCGUGCAGUCUCAGCCACAGGUAGUGACAGCAGAUUCAUCUGGAGAGAAUAAAUCAAUGACCUCUGACUCAAGCACAGUGGCAGUGGAGUCCACAGUCAAGCCAGUGCCAUUCAAAGACCAGAGCUUUGUGCACUCGGGUAUCGGUGGCGCAGCGGCCGGAAAGAAGAACAGGACAUGGAAGAACCUGAAGCAGAUCCUGGCUGCCGAGAGGGCGUUACCAUGGCAACUGAAUGAUCCAAACUACUGUAAUAUAGAUGCCCCUCCUUCCUUCAAGCCAGCUCGGAAGUACUCUGAUAUUUCUGGACUCCCGGCAAAUUACACUGACCCACAGACCAAGCUGAGGUUCAGCUCCACAGAGGAGUUCUCCUACCUUCGCAUGUUGCCUACAGAUGUAGUGACAGGGUACCUGGCCCUGCGCAAAGCCACCUGCAUCGUGCCCUGAGUGGACAGGAGGGGGCCAGCAUGUGGCAAGGAAGACCUCAGCACUGCUGUAUGAGAGCUAUGCAGCACACAAUAAAGGAUUACUGUUGGCAUAUGCCUGAAAGUGGAAAGAAGCUCAGUGCACCCACUGAUUGUUGAUUAAAGAAUAAUUUUGAUUCGGUUUGAGCUGAAACAAGGAAGGCCUGCAUGUGUAAAGUAUGCAUGGAUUUUGCUUCUCUGAUCAUGCUUGCAUUCAAGCCCAGCACUUGAGUGAAAUGAAGAGGCUUGUCCACUCAAAGCAGGCAUAGGAGUACAGAUAUCUUCUGCAGCUUUAGUAGCGUGCUGACUGCAUACCAGCACAGCACUCAACACACAGGGACUGUGUGCACGCUGCAAGGCCUGAUUUACUUUGGGCUUUUAGAGUUGGCUUAUAGGCUCUCUAUAUCACUCAUCCCCCAAAGUAUUGCCCAGUUAUAUAGAAGCGGAGAUUGUAGGCAUUUGCGAUGCAACACGUAAUAUUUUCCUCAUUCAAUCUGAAACACCCUGUUGAGACCAGUGCAGUUCUUACACCCCAAAAUGUUUUGUUUUGCCUGUGUUGCUAUACCGCUGCUUCCCUUGCUUUCUUCUUACUUGAGGGCUUUUGAAGCUGGCCUGUUUGAAGUAGAAAUAUCAAGCCAGUGCGAAUGUUGUGCAGCGUGCUGUGCUUGUCAUCUACCAAAUCGGUAUGAAUUUAUUAUUACCUGUACACAACAUAUUCUCAAAUACACACGGCACUUGCUUAAAAAAAAAAGUGUGACGGAAUAGCCUGAAGUUAAGAAUUCAGUUUUGAUUGUUUUUUUAUUCUGUGAAUUUGAAGUCUUAACCGCAACUGCGGUGUGAAAGAUGUUAAUAUGCAGUGAUGCUUGAAUGAAAGGUGCUUCUUAUAAAGUGUUUCCUUGGUUUUAGGCAAGAAACUUGCAGAGCAAAACAGCUUAUCUGGGGAUGGCAGCUGGACUGGGAAACGUGUAGAGCUUUGUGUGACCUUGGUGCUCACAGACUGGCUGACAUUUCGGGGUGUACCUGCUGGAUACCUGAAGCGAGAGAUGCAAAUUAGCAUGCCUUAUGAAAAGGACAGAUCUCUCUGUAACCUUAUAAUUUGUUUUGUAUAGAGCAAUGCCUCCAAACGUUUUAACUUGUAAUUGGAAACUGUUAGUACUCUCUACGUCUGUAAAUUAAUUAUACAUCGAUUUCAAUCCUGAAUCAUAAAGUUUACAAAGGCAGGAAGAAACUGUGUGGGUGGAAAGUUUUCUGCCUUUGGAGAAAAAGUGUCUAAACCUGUUUUUUCAGAUGCACUUUUCAUGUACUGUGUGGGUGAAAAUAUUUAUUUUCUGGGUCACUUCAGACUGUGGUGUUGUCUAAUUUAAACUAAUGCUAAUUUCUCUUUAAUAAGUAAAAUCUUAAGAAAAGACCUGGAAGCCAAAGCACAAUAAAAAUGUUUGGAGCAGCAAUCUGACAUUGUCUGCAUUAGACUUUAAUUGUGCAGUUUCUCCUGUUUAGCCAAGAAAAGGUAAACAUUCUUUCACUAAUGAUUAAAUCAUUCCUCUAACUGAAUGCCUUUUUUAAGGUGUUUUUUUUUCCAUGAUGUACUGUUUCAAGCAGGAUUGCAUAACAUUAGAGGGGUGUUAAUUUGAUUGCCUCUUUUUUUGGAAUGAUCUCAUUUAUGCAAAUUAAAGUCCUUCUUGUCACUUUCUUCCCGGA